CGGAGAUUUGCCCGGGUGGCAGCAAACCGGAAGACUGGAAUCUCCCCGUUUGAGCACAGGUGCACUCUGAGGAUUUGCCAGUCCUACACAGGGCCAGCUGGGUUUUUCCUAAAGCAUGCAACAGAACAACAUUGACCAGCCGCCGUCGCUGUCUCAGCUCUUGAGAGAGAGCUACCUGGCAGAGGCCAGAGCCCAGCAGCGCCACAGUGAGAUGAGCCGCUCGGACUCUUCCUCCUCACGCCGCCUGGUCUACGGGCCAAUCAAAGGCAAAGCUGAGGACUCUGUGGGCCGUGAUGAGCCCCAGUUCCCCGACCUGUCUGCCUUCCUCAGUCAGGAGGAGCUAGAUAAGAGCGUCAACUUGGCCCGUCAGGCCAUCGGACAUGAGCCCCGUGAGGAGAGGGCAGAAGUCAAGGCCCCUGUCACUCCCUCAGCCGCCCUCUCUGCAACCCCCUCCAACGUCCCCUCACCCACCUCUUUUAACACCUCCUCUGCUCCCUCAUUCACACUCCCCUCCACCACAACCUGCACCCAACCAGCCCCUGAAAUCAAAGAACUGCCGCCAACACACGCAACAUUCUCAGCUGACACAAAGAUGUACAAAGCCCCCACGCCGCAGGACAGCAUGAUGAGGAACAACAGGGCCUCCAGCGAGGGCUCUAAUGACUUCAGCAGGUCUGCGAGGCACACCCCGUACGGUCUGGAGACCCAGUCCAAGAAGGAGUUCCUCAACAAGGCAGCAGACUUCAUCGAGGAGCUCUCCUCUCUCUUCAAGGCCAACAGCUCCAAGAGGAUACGGCCGAGAGCGUGCAAGGCACACAGGAGUAGGACGCAGAACAAGAGCCAAAAUGAUGGGACAGUUUAUCCCCUCGGCCCAGAUGAGCGGGAGCGACCCGUCAUGCCCCUGGAGUUGGAAACAGAGAGUUCAAGCCCUACUGAUGGCUACCAAGGAGAGGUCCGGCUGGACUCAGGGAUCGGGCACGAGGAGUUUCAGGACUGUAUGAUUACUGAGGAGCAGCAGUACAACUCUGCUUCCCAAGAGGUGGAGGAGGCCGAGAGCUCUGCCCCGACAGAGACUCCCUACUCAGCGGAGCCUGUCUGCGAGCCGCCUCGUUUCAUCCAGAAACUGAAAAGCAGGGAGGUUCCAGAGGGCAGCAAGGUCCAGCUGGACUGCAUUGUGAGAGGACUCCCUGUGCCUGAAGUCCGGUGGUUUUGUGAGGGGAAGGAGUUGGAGAACAGCCCCGACAUCCAGAUCAUCACCAACGGCGAGCUGCACUCUCUCAUCAUCGCAGAGGCCUUUGAAGAAGACACGGGACGCUACUCCUGCUUUGCAUCCAAUUUCUAUGGUACAGACUCUACAUCUGCUGAGAUCUACAUCGAAGGUGCCUCCUCUUCUGACUCGGAGGGGGAACAGCACUUUGAACAUGUAGCCCAACUGCAGAGGGAAGCAGAGAAUCCAGCCCCAGUCGUACCUGCAGUGACGAGCCCGUCCGUCUCCACAGAAGUGGAAGACUCCCUGUCGUCCCAACCUGCAGCAGCCGCUGAGGAGCCUGCACCAGAACCAGAGUUUUCCUCUCAGCCGCCUAACCAAGCCGCCCCAGCACCUCCUCUGCCUGUCCAGACCUCAGCCACUGUGCCUCUACUCCCAGAGCUCUCUCAAGCGCCUGCGGUACUCGCACCGCUCCCUGUGCAGGAGGAGACAACAGCACCGCCUGUUCAGGUGUUCUCUACUUUGCCAGCAGGAGAUACCGAAGCCCAGGAGGUGUCCACAUCUGUCCCGGUCCCAUCCGUGACACAACCAAUACAGACAGCUACAUCACUGCCUUUGAAUUCAGUCCCUUCUGCACCAGUGGCUUCAACACAAAUAACCCUGUCCGAGAGUCAAACCUCCAACACCCACAGCUAUCUGCAAGGUUUGGACGGGCAACCUAUCAUGGCUGCCCCCGUGUUCACAAAGAGCCUGCAGGACCUCCUGGCACUGGAAGGCCAGCUGGUGGUGCUAGAGUGCCGCGUGAAAGGAGCGCCGUCCCCAAGAGUGGAGUGGUACAGGGAGGGAACCAUCAUAGACGACUCUCCUGAUUUCAGGAUCCUGCAGAAAAAACCGAGAUCUCCAGCUGAAUCAGAGGAAAUAUGCACUUUGGUCAUUGCUGAGGUCUUUCCUGAAGAUUCUGGGAUAUUUACUUGCACAGCAAGCAACAAGUAUGGAACUGUAUCCAGUAUUGCUGCACUGAAGGUUAAAGGCAAAAGCAACAACAGCAACCAUUUGAAGCCAGCAAGCAGUUCAAUGCUGGAGUCCAGCCAAAUCCAACAAGCUUCCCCAGCAGAUCUCACUGCUCUCCCUGUGAAGCUUCAACCAGAGGUUACUGUGACCAACAGCAUCAAGCCCCACUCCAGCACCAUUCGCCUAGACCCACUCAUCUCUAGCACCUUACGCCUGGAGCCUGUGAACACCAGCACCCUCCGUCUGGACCCCAACAGCUCCAGCAUGCUGCGUCCAGACCUCCUCAGCGCCAGUCUGCCCAGUCUGGAUCCCCUCAGCCUAAACAGCAGUCCCCACCUGGGGUCCUGCAGCACCAGCACCCCCCGCCAAGACCCUGUCUACCUGAGCACCCGGCACCAGGACCUGCCUGGGUCCAACGGAGCUCGCCCAGACCCACCAAUCAGCGGAGAGCUGCCCUCUUAUUUAAAACCCUUCUCUAGUUCAUCUGAACCUCUAAACUCCGGCCUCAAGAUGGAACAGGAAGUGUCCAAACCUUUGCCCACGUUGCCUGACCUGACCACUGCUGCAAGCGCUAAACUAAUGAGGACCCCAAACCAUCAUAAUGAGACCCCCACUGUGGUGCCGCUCCCUGAUCCCCCUGCUAAUUCUUGCCUAAAGACAGGGGUCCUAGUGAACCACAAAGAGCCACGAGUCGGCCUGCGCGUGCACUUCAAACUGCCUGAGGAUGAGGAGGAUGAACAAAGUGACGCAUCCAGUUAUGAAGAUACAACACAGGCAUCAGCCAGUAAGGAACCUCCACCAGUGCUGGCUAAACCCAAGCUGGAUCCAGCCCAGCUCCAGCUCCUGCACAACCAGGUUCUCAUGGAGCAGCAGCAGGAGAGUGAGCCCUCGACCCAAAUCCAGACCCAAACUCAGAUUCAGUCCCAGUCCCAGCUCCAGAGCUCCCCUGAAGUUACAGUCUGGUCACCCAGAAUGCACCGUGAAGCCCAGCCACCGCCCUUCCAGUCCUACUCUAAUACCACAAAACCCCAGCAGACCUCCUACCCAGGGCCCCCAUCAGCCAAUGCCCCUCCAGCGCCCUCUCUGAGCUUCACUGCAGCACCUUUCCUAAAUACGACCUCAUCACCCCAGCUGAACACCUCCCCUGCCCCUCCUUUGAGUUCCCUUCACUCUUUUCCUCAGCUAAAGUCAGCCCCACCUGUGACCUCCCCUCCACCUGCACCCGUCCCACCGCUGACCACAGCUCCUGCCUCCUCUUUCAGUAUAGGGUCUGUAGCCCAAACAAACACCAUCCACGCUUCCCACCUCAACCUGUCUCCUGCAGCUCUCUCUGGAACUAUGAGCUUUCCUCCUGCACCUCAACUUAGUUUAGUCUCUACCGAGUCCCUGAGCUCCACCUCAGCCUUACAGCAGAUUACCUCUCCCACUCCCCUGCUGAGAACCACCCACGCCUCCCUUAUGAACCUUGCCCCCACCUCCCAAAGCUUCAACUAUGCCAGACCCAAGGAGUUCAUAGCCGCCCAGACCCUCUCACCAGUCAGGAGUCCUUCCCCGACAGAAUCCCCGGUCCCUCUGCUACACGAGCUGGCUGCUGAGUUCAACUCCUCCGCAGCCAGCUCUCCUACUUUCCCUCCAUUCUCCCCGCCACCUAGGAUCUUCCCCACACGGGUUCUCAAGUCACCCACCAGCCCUCCAGCCCUCGUGUCCUCCCCGACGCCGUUGUCCUCCUCAUUCCUGAACUCGGUGUUUGCCGUACGGGCCCAGUCACCUCCCCACGCCUCCUCUCCCACCUCCAGCAGCUCCACCCCCAGCCCCAUUCAAAACCCAGUGGCUUUCCUCAGCUCCGUCCUGCCGUCCCUGACGCCGACGCCGGCCACCAACUCGAUGGGCCUGCCCAAGGGUGCCCCACCUGGGCUACCUCAGAGCAUACUGAAGAAGUUACCCAAGUCACGUCUGUCAUCAAGCGAAGACAUUCGCGAAAGCAAAGAAAUUCUCCUCCAUGACAUUGAGAAAAAGCUUCGGUUCAGGGAUGAUACUGUGCACUUUGGACAACAACAGAAGCUGAGUAAUGAGGGGAAAACAGCGAGCAGACCCCUUGGACCAAACAUUCCUGCUACUGUCAUUAACUAUGAUGAGGAGUACAGAGUAUCCAACUUUGAGCAGAGGCUGAUGAGCGAGAUCGAAUUCCGGUUGGAGCGAACGCCCGUGGAGGAGUCAGAUGAUGAGGUGCAGCACGAUGAAGUCCCCACAGGGAAAUGCAUCGCACCCAUAUUUGACAAGAAGCUGAAGAACUUCAGGGCCAUGGAGGGCGUGCCGGUCACAUUCUCAUGUAAAGUCGUAGGAAUACCUAUUCCAAAGGUUUACUGGUUCAAAGAUGGCAAGCAGAUUUUGAGGAAGAAUGACCAUUACAAGAAGAUAAGAGAGGGCGAUGGAACUUGUGCCUUACACAUAGAGUCUGUCAACAAUGACGAUGAUGGCAACUACACCAUCAUGGCAGCUAAUCCCCAGGGACGAAUCAGCUGCUCGGGUCAUUUGGUAGUCCAAACGGGUCCUCCCCGAAACAGAAUGACACCUAUUCACUCUCAGAGGGUGCGAGCUCGCAUACAGGAAGUCGAAGGUGAGCAAAUCCAGGAGCGCUUCUUUCGACCUCACUUCCUCCAGGCACCAGGCGACAUGUUUGCCCAUGAGGGACGACUGUGUAGACUAGACUGCAAGGUGAGUGGCCUACCUAACCCAGAGUUGAUGUGGCUAGUCAAUGGGAGGCCAAUCUAUUCAGACUUUUACCACAAGAUGCUGGUGCGGGAGAACGGCGUCCAUUCCCUGGUCAUUGACCCUGUGACGCAGAAUGACAGUGGCACAUAUACCUGCAUUGCCAGCAACAAAGCAGGACAGAGCUCCUUCUGUCUAGAACUGAAAGUUGUGGAGAAAGAGAUGAAACAGCCUCCUCAGUUUGUGGAGAAGCUGCAGAACACAGGUAUCCCCGAGGGAACCCCCGUCCGGCUGGAGUGUCGGGUGCUGGGUUUGCCCCCUCCAGUCAUCUUCUGGAAGAAAGACAAUGACACCAUUCCCAAAACGAGGGACAGAAUCAGCAUGCACCAGGAUGCCACUGGAUAUGUGUGUCUCCUUAUUCAGCCAACCACCAAAGAGGAUGCUGGUUGGUACACAGUGUCAGCUAAAAAUGAGGCUGGAGUUAUAUCCUGCACCGCCAGGCUUGACAUCUAUGCACAGUGGCAUCAGAGCAUCCCUGCACCCAUGAAGAAGACUCCUCGCACCGGCAGCCGCUACGCCGCCCUGACGGGACAGGGGCUCGACAUCAAGUCCGCUUUCCCGACGUCGGAGACCAGCCCCAUCCUGUUCUCCAGCUCGCCUCCUGAGGCCGUGCUGGAGAGCGAGGAGCUGUGAGGAGCCUCAGUCCACGCCGCCACUCACACCAGCCACGGGGAGGCUCUUCCACAGCAGAGCCCUCGAAGCCUCUCCUCCUGCCUCCCUCAGUGGGACAACAGAGGGAAAAGCAGCAGGGACUGUCAUCUGAGCAGAUUGUCAUGUGAUUUGUGUGCUGCAUCUGAAGUGAUAAGUUCAAAAUAGAACAGAGAGUUUUUGUCUCACCUGCUAGAUGGCAAAGCUAUCGGAACUGAUGGUGGGUUAGUCACCAUUCCUAUUUACUCGUGUCAUUUGGAGAGUGUUACUCACAUACAACAUAUCUGACAGAUUUGCAAAGUCUUAGUUCAUGAGCCACCACUGAAGUGAAUAUGAAUAUCAUUCUCUGACAGGUUUGAAUGAUUCAUAGUUUGUUCGUUUUCAUUUUAUUUUUGUGUUUUUACGUCACAUUUAGCUAUGAGAUUGUUGCUGAAUGUUGAUGCUAUAUUUCAUUUCAUGUCUCAUUUACUCCAACAUCUGUUCUUAAUCGUUAAUUAUACUCUCAAACUGGUACUUGUACCAUUUAUUUUUAUUGCAAAGCGUAUAUAGCUGUACUCGUAAUGAUAGUUCCUUUUAAAGUUUAUAUGAAAAGAUUUAUAAGUUAUUGUUUAUUAAUAAUCAAAUCCUAAUAGUUUGGGUAUAAAUAUAUGCAAUUAGACUGACGGAUGUUUGAUUUUGCCAUUUAGAUCCCUUUAUUUAAAUGGUUCAGUUAAAGUGGGAUUUCUUUCAUGUUUAACCAAACAAUUAUUUCUUGAGAAAUCCAUCAUUUGUACAUUGUUCUCAUUUUGCACCAUGUUUUCCUUGUGCAUGCAUGCCGGUGGUUGCACCCGUGUUGCUAAACAAACGCCCCGCGCUGCUUCGUCAUGUGAGUUAGGUGGCUGGGCUGUUAGUGUGUCGUAAACCCAGCCUGUCGUUCAUGGUUUGCAGUUCAAACACUGAAACACAAUCUUUAAGUUUACUCCACAGAUUUGUUGUUCUAGGUGAUACAGUUGUGCUGCUAAUUCUGCUGUAUGGAGAUUGAUUACUUCACCAAAAAAAUUCACUUGCUCAUUUGCAUCAGUAAUGCUGCAUGAGAUUAUCCACUGAGUGAGUCAGACGUGACUAGAAACUUCAGUUUUGAUUGUGUGGUAAAGCAGGAGAUCAGUUUACCUGAGACAAUGUCUGCUUUAGCAAAUCACACCAAAAGCUAAAAUAAAUACUACAGAAGUUAUUAGAGACAUACAUUAAGUCAGUAUUAAAAAAUUGAACUAAAGAUUGUAUGUUUAAAAGCACAUAUUCAACUGAUGUAAAGUUGCACAAUGUAAAAUAGUUUUUUUUUUUUUCUCAGAAUAAAGUUAUAUUUAUUCAAACUGGUGUUAUAUUUGCUUUGCAGGUGGUUACAAAUGCAGCGUCUCCAUGUUGACGUGACGAAGCCUGGCUCUGUUUGCACUUGGAGCCGAUGGCUAACACAAAAAAGACUUAAUGUGUUGAAGUUGCAACUCGCUUUCAUUAUAUUAUCCCUUUUAAUGAAGGGGAUUAGGGAGUUUAAUAUGCUGCAUCUCUUGCAUUAAAAUAAGUUAAAAAUA